UUCUAAAACCCUCUUGCAUAAUACUCACUGGACUAGUCAGUUCACUAAAAUCUUGCGCACCAAGCAUUUUGGAGCUCUUUCCAGUGAGGCGUCAGAUUCCGAUGACGUAGUAGUUAGCGUUCGAUCAAUAUACCCUAAAAUCAACCAAUAUUGCCUGCCAGCAUCAUCUGGUGAGGUUUUACUUGCAUAGAUUUCUGUUGUGGUUGAAAUAGAAACCUUAGCAGCAGACGUCUCAUCUAUGUCUUUUUCGGAGAGAACCUCUCCUUGCUCUUCAGAAACUACAGAUGUCUUCAUAUUCAAUGUGCUCGCAUGUUUAACUAAGAAAGGGAGGGAGUUUCAUUUUGUUGUGGAAGAGAAAAACAUUACAAAACUACCUCUAAUCUAAUUGCUGGCUCACAUUUGUCCAAAUAUCAACAGCACUCCACACUCUCCUUCUCCUUCGCUCCCGAUGCGCAUGUUGUAUGCCGCAAACCAUCUCUCCCUGCCCCCGCACCAAACUACAUUUAGCAUCCUUCUUUCUUUCAAACAACCAGAAACACACACACACACACAAUAUAUAUUCCAUUCAAGCACCCAUCAACCAACUCUUUAAUCUCCUCUUGCCUCAAAGCCUCACCUAAUAUCUCCUCUCUACUCUUCACCCGCCGAGUAGCCUGAACCGGCUUUUAGUCCCUUCUUAUCCGGGGAGGCAAACCAAACCAAAAUCAAUCUCUUUCAACUUCUCCUCGCGCAGUUUCAACGGCUUUACCUUCGCGUCUCCAUGCAGCUGUACUUGAACUCGAACUCGAACUCGAACGGCGUGCCGUCUCUUACAUAGGAGACGCCGUCCUCGCUUAGCUUGAUGUCGGCUUUCAUGUCAAUGGGUGGUUCGGCGUUGUUUUGCGGUUGGGGCAUUCUGGUAAUUUUGCUGCGAAAUGCGGGGUGGAAUCUUUUCAGGGGUUAGGACUGUUUGGAUUUAUUAUUGAGGGAGGUGAAGGUGUGUCGGUGGAUAUUUAAAAAAAGAAUUUUCUUCGGUGGCGUUAUUCAGGUCGUGACAAUGUUGGUAGCAGAAGUGAAGCGACGAUGGCGGCGGAUAUCGUCUUCGGUUUCUCGGCGUUGGCGUUGUUCCAUCGAGAGAAGCGAACCUCGGUGGGAUGGGUUAGGGUUUGGUGGUGCAAAGAUUGGGAAUGGGAUUGGAAAUAAUUUUUUAGCGCCAUUAGAGUGAAUGAGUGGGGGUUUAGGAAGAAAGAACUGGGAAGAGAUGAAACGGUGUCGGUUUUUGUUGGGAAUUAUUUUUAUUGUAGUGGUCUGUUUGUAAUUUUAGGCAAAUAAUAAGGACAGGUUGUGUUCAUGAAAAGGACAAGAGGAUUAGAUACGGAGAGAAAGUCACCGACAGACAGCUGAGAGUGGCUGGGCUACUUACUGAAAAGCUAAUCGAGGUCGUUCUUUCAUGGAGGGAGCUCUAACAGGUAACACUACUUCAGUUUUCAUGGAUUUGAUGUUGAUUUAGUAAGGUUUAAGUUCCUAAGGUUUUUUGUGUUUUCUGGCGUGUGGUGCUAACGUCUUGUCUCCUUUGGUAACUGAGAGAAGCAGCUUUCGGUGGACUAUCCUUCGAUUAGUUUCUAAUAUGAGAAAAGACUUCAACUUUUGGCUAUUGAUUUGGAUAUACUUUCCUAGACUCUUCAUUUGGUUAGUCAAGGCUUAGCUUCAAAUACUUGCAAGGGAGGGAGUGAUUUUUUUUAUGGCCUGUCAGAUUGCUGAGCUUGAUUUAAAUAGUUGGUGAUAGCACACUUGUGUGAUAUGGAAACCUCUGCCCUUUUUCAGAGGUUAUGUCUUGUAGAGAUUAGGAGAUUGCUGAUGGUUAUUGGCGUGGCCAUUAUUGUCAUCAUUCUUUUUCAAUGUUUUGCACUUCCCUAUGGGAAAGGUUGGUCUGUAUCAUCUGCUGAUGAGGAUUCUGUAGUUAUGGUGAUCAGCAAUCCCAUCUUAUCAAACAGUUCAAAGUCAAGCAUACGUGUAUUUCAUAUCAUGACAAAUGGUUCUGAUUCAUCUGAUUUGGGUGAAGAAGCUGGGGAUGAGGAUGAAAUAGAAAACACAGAUGCAGACUAUGAGUUGUCAUCUAAUAAGAUUGAACAAAAUGAUGUCUUGCUCAAGUUGGGGGAAAUGCUCGGUAAAAGUACAGACAACACUUCUUCACAGGAAAAAUCUAUAGAAACUGGAAGCAAACACCUGAAGCAGGUUGGCGAAACUGAAAUCUUGGAAGCAACCACGAGCUCAACAUUUGGAGGAAUUCAAAGUAAUGUUGGCACUGUGCCAAGUGUAUUAUUGGGUAUUUCUAAAAAGAAUGGGGAAAAUAGGGAUAGAGAUUCAAUAACCUCUGACUCAUUCUUCCCUACCAAGGUAAUUUCUUUGGACCAUAUGGAGACGCAAACCAAGAAUGCUGAAUUAUUGCAGACCAUUUCUGUCACUUUGAACAAUAAUUCUACGAGGGAUAGUAUAUCCACAUUGAAGAGGUGGGUGCAGUCCACGUCAAUAUCCCAAAUGAAUUCACUAUUGCUUCAUAGUCUUGUUUAUUCCCAUUCUAUGCCACGACGGUUGUCUGUUCGUGAUCGUGAACUUCUGUCAGCAAAAUUGGAGAUAGAGAAUGCUCCUCGUGUAGAUAACCCUCCUGGACUUUAUGCCUCUGCCUUUCGGAAUAUUUCCAUGUUCAAAAGGAGUUACGAGUUGAUGGAACGCAUGCUCAAAGUUUAUGUCUAUAAGGAAGGAGAAAAACCCAUAUUUCACCAGUCAAAGAUGAGGGGAAUAUAUGCCUCAGAAGGAUGGUUUAUGAAGCUGAUAGAGGGAAACAAAAAGUUUGUGGUGCGGGACCCAAGAAAAGCUCAUCUGUUUUACUUACCAUUUAGUCCGCAUAUGUUAAGGAUGGCCCUGUUUGAUCACAAUUCUCUCAAUCAAAAGGAACUUGCAGAAUUUUUGAAGAACUAUGUGGAUUUAGUUGCUAAAAAGUAUAGUUUCUGGAAUAGAACUGGAGGAACAGAUCAUUUUCUUGUUGGCUGUCAUGACUGGGCCUCCCAAAUGACGAGGCAUCAUAUGAGGAAUUGCAUCAGGGUUCUUUGCAACUCCAAUGUUGCCAAAGGUUUCAAGAUAGGCAAGGAUACUACUCUGCCUGUUACAUACAUACGUUCUGUUGAGAACCCUCUAAAAGAACUUGGUGGAAAAUCUCCUUCAGAAAGGCCGAUUCUGGCCUUUUUUGCAGGAAACAUGCAUGGUUAUCUCCGACCAAUUCUGCUGGAGUACUGGGAAAAUAAGGAACCUGACAUGAAAAUCCUUGGUCCGAUGUCUCGUGAUAUUGCAGGCAAAAGAAGAUACCGGGAGUAUAUGAAGAGAAGCAAAUAUUGCAUAUGUGCCAGGGGUUAUGAAGUUCACACGCCACGAGUGGUUGAAUCAAUUUUCUACGAGUGUGUGCCAGUCAUCAUAUCAGACAAUUACGUGCCUCCUCUUUUCGAGGUAUUGAACUGGGAGGCGUUUUCUGUAUUUAUUCAAGAGAAAGAUAUCCCAAAUUUGAGAAACAUUCUGCUUUCGAUCCCACAAGAGAAGUACGUUGCAAUGCAGUUAGGAGUUAAGAAGGUGCAACAGCAUUUCCUUUGGCACAAAAAACCUGUGAAGUAUGAUUUAUUCCAUAUGAUUCUUCAUUCAGUUUGGCACAGCAGAGUUUUUCAGAUGGAAAGCUAAUGACGGUGUUAAUACUUUGCGUUUCUGGGUAAUGGAAAGCAGAGAAAAGUGGGAAAAAUCACAGGGUAAAACACCAUGAUGUAAUGUUUAAGGGAAGAAUGGGAUUACUUGAGACAGUUGGUACAAUAAUCAUUUGUAUGUUGUUUUAUGUACAUAAAUUGUGCAGAGCAACAGGUCUGUACUCUUGACUGUGGAAGCUGAAUAUUUCAUUCAAGGCUUUGCUUUGUUGGUGAUAA